GCGCAAAGCCGGGAGGAGGCGCGCAGGCAGCAGCCGCCACCGCCACCACCAGGCAGAGGGAGAGUUCGCGAGGAGAGACCCUGCUCCCACUUGGAGCGCCUUGGUCGGCUUUUGGAGACAGAGAAUGCGAGACCCGGGAGGAGCCGGGAAGAAGAAGAAGAAGGAAAAGGACGUGAGGGGAGCCUGAGCGGCCCGGGGCGUGGACGGAGGGCGCCGGCGGGGCAGGGAGCCCGAGGCACCCGGCGCGGCCGGAGCGCGGCCCGGGUGGCAGGUGCCGCGGGCGCAGCGCCCUCGCACCCCGCGCGCCUCGCGGAGCUGGAGCGCACGCCGCGGCCGGUCGGGGCCGCCCGGAGCCCCCGCUCCUCGUCGGUUCGCCGGGCGGCGGCGCCUCGGGAAGGACGGGCGAUGGACCGCAGGGCGGCUCCCGGCGCGGGCGCGCGUUCCUAGGGCGCUGCUCCCUGGCGCCGAGCGGGAGGCGGCGAGGGACCGCGGGCCCUGCGCCCCCCGCGCACCGGAGGCGCGACGCCGGCGGGGACCGCACGCGGAGGAGCCCCGCGCCCAGGUGAGGACGCCCGCACCGCUCGCCUGGUCUCCCUCGCCGAUCGCCUGCGGGAGGAGGAAAAGUUUUCAGCUCAGAACUUCCGAAGCCUCGCCCAGAGCCGCCGUUUCUGCUCUUCCUGGCUGGCUGGACGAUGCGGCGACGCCUUCCCGUGCUUGAUCACAGCUCCACGCUCGGCUCCUGCUGCAGGGAAGCCCAAGACUAUGUCCGAGAGUCACAAUGAACUUGCAUAAUAACAAUACAACGUUGCCGUUGUUGCCAAACCUCAGCUCCCUCUGGGUACCCGGCUCCCCAGGUGCAGGGCUGCCCCCGGGCACGGCCACUGAUUCUGGCAGCUACAACGUUUCUCAGGCAGCUGGGAAUGCCAGUCCUGCCAAUGGCACCGUCAGCGACCCUCUGGGAGGCCACACCGUCUGGCAGGUGGUCUUGAUUGCCGUCCUCACGGGGGUCGUGGCCCUGGUGACCAUCAUUGGCAACAUCCUGGUGAUCGUGGCGUUUAAGGUCAACAAGCAGCUGAAGACGGUCAACAACUACUUCCUCUUAAGCCUGGCCUGCGCCGAUCUGAUCAUCGGGGUCAUUUCCAUGAAUAUGUUUACGACCUACAUCAUCAUGAAUCGCUGGGCUAUGGGGAACUUGGCCUGCGACCUCUGGCUUUCGAUUGACUAUGUGGCCAGCAACGCCUCCGUCAUGAACCUGCUGGUGAUUAGCUUUGACCGGUACUUCUCCAUCACCAGGCCGCUCACCUACCGAGCCAAAAGGACAACGAAAAGAGCCGGCAUGAUGAUAGGCCUGGCCUGGGUCAUCUCCUUCGUCCUCUGGGCGCCUGCCAUCCUGUUCUGGCAGUACUUCGUGGGCAAGAGAACCGUGCCCCCGGGGGAGUGUUAUAUCCAGUUCCUCACCGAGCCCACCAUUACCUUCGGCACGGCCAUCGCCGCCUUCUAUUUGCCCGUCACCAUCAUGACGAUCUUAUACUGGCGGAUCUAUAAGGAAACGGAAAAGCGUACCAAAGAGCUGGCCGGGCUGCAGGCCUCCGGGACGGAAGCAGAGGCGGAAAACUUUGUCCCAACCACGGGCAGCUCUCGGAGCUGCAGCAGCUACGAGCUGCAACAGCAGAGCGUGGCGCGCUCGGCCCGCAGGCGGUGCGGCUGCUGCGACUUCUGGUUCCCCACCAAGACCUGGCAGCCCAGCGCCCAGCGCGUGGAGCCGGACCACAGCAGCAGCGACAGCUGGAACAACAACGACGCGGCGGCCUCCCUGGAAAACUCCGCGUCCUCCGACGAGGAGGACAUCGGCUCGGAGACCAGAGCCAUCUACUCCAUUGUGCUCAAGCUGCCCGGGCACAGCACCCUCCUCAAUUCCACCGCGCCACCGUCCCCAGACAGCCUGCGGGUGCCCGACCCAGAGCUGGGCACGGCGGGCGUGGAGAGGAAAGCCAGCAAGCUGCAGGCCCAGAGGAGCAUGGAUGACGGAGGCCGCUUUCAAAAGAGCUUCUCCAAGCUUCCCAUCGAGUUAGAGUCGGCCGUGGACCCGGCCAAGACGUCCGACGCCAACUCCUCCGUGGGGAGGUCCACGGCCACGCUACCUCUGUCUUCCAAGGAGGCCACCCUGGCCAAGAGGUUUGCUCUGAAGACCCGGAGCCAGAUCACGAAGCGGAAGCGGAUGUCCCUCAUCAAGGAGAAGAAAGCCGCGCAGACCCUCAGCGCCAUCCUGCUCGCCUUCAUCAUCACCUGGACGCCCUACAACAUCAUGGUCCUGGUGAACACCUUCUGCGACAGCUGCAUCCCCAAAAACUACUGGAACCUGGGCUACUGGCUGUGCUACAUCAACAGCACCGUGAACCCCGUGUGCUACGCCCUGUGCAACAAGACCUUCCGCACCACCUUCAAGACGCUGCUGCUCUGCCAGUGCGACAAGCGGCGGCGGCGCAGGCAGCAGUACCAGCAGCGGCAGUCCGUGACCUUCCACAGGUGUGUGCCCGCGCAGGACCUGUAGAGUGAGCUGGGUAUAUGGCCGUGCCCUUCUGCAGGUGUGCGCCCAAGCAGGAACUGUAGAAUGAGUUUGGCCAAUGGCCAUGACUUUCUACAGCUGUGCAACCAAGCAGGACAUGUAGAGUGAGCUUGGUAUAUGGCCGUGACCUUCUGCAGGUGUGCGCCCAAGCAGGAAUGGUAGAGUGAGCUUGGUCAAUGGCGUGACCUUCUACAGGUGUGCACCCAAGAAGGACCUGUAGAACGAACUCGGUCAAUGGCCGUCACCAAACACACACGCCAGCCCACAGGCCUUCGGAGGGCGUCCGUGGGGGGUGGGGGAGGAUGAUUCCUGGUAAAUAAUGUUCUUACCACUCAGAUGAGAAAGCUGCCUGUUUACUGAACCAUUGGAUAAACCCAUUUUAAUACAAAAAAAGUCAAAUAUUAAUUCAGAGGGGGGAAAAAACAUAUUACUGAAUAUAAAGAAAGUGACUCUGAAAUAGACUUCAAGUGUUUUUUCUUAAAGAGGAAAAAAAUUGCUUCAUGGCCAUUCGACACCCAUGCUUGCCUCUUUUCAUGUCCGUGAGUCCUGGAAUCUCAGGGCCACACAGCUGGCUGCCCUCGAUGCUACGUCUUUUACCCGGACCCCAACAGUGUGGAUUCGGGUUCCGCCUGGACAGGGCCAGGCGACUGCCUCCGCGGCCCUGAGGUGGUUUCAUCCGCCGCUAAGCUGCACCUUCUCGCCCCAGUAGAGCUGUUCGUCUCCUCUUUGGAGUGUUGUGAAACUCUGUUUGUGGACUUGAUUUUUGAUUCCUGCUGAGUCCUGUUUGGUGCAGUUCAAGUUUUGUACAAAUAAAUAUGUAAGGAUAUGGAUAUGUGUGAGUGUGUGCGAGUUCCACAUACACACACACCAUGUAUACGAUAUAGUGCGAAUCCUUGAACUGGCAAGGUAUUCCCACAAGACAUGCUUUCAGUACUUUGGUAACUGAAGUUCUCCAGACCCUAACACAACAUAAAGGCGAACCCAACCCAGAGUCACGUUUCCAAACCCAGGGCUGUUUGACAAAGACCACCCUGGAGAGCGUGCCCGGCCCUCCCGCAGAUCUGGGCCGAGGAGUCAGCCUGGGAUCAAGGUCAAGCCCCAGGACUUGGCCAGACGGAGUGUCAACCAUCUCCUUUUUUGAUAUCCUCAGCAAAGCUCCAUCCCCUGGGGCCCCUGUGAGCUCCAACACUGAACCCCACCCCCAGGUUCGAAUGGAAUUGUCCAAUACUGAAUGUGCCCCAACCAGGCUGCUUCCCACGUAAUGAUCGUGUCACAUGGGAAAGUCACACACAGCGAUGUGUGUGGGAAAGCAGGCCGGCUCGCGAGGGAGGGCGAAGGAAGGAGCGGCUGGCAUCACCCCGGUGAAAACUUUCCCCCUUGGUCACGUAGCUCUGCCCAGCGCCUCCUGGUCCAUCCUGUGGCCUCACCUGGGGGGUGGGGCUUAGGCAGUCACGUGUCUUCUACAGAAAGCAUGACACUUUGAAAAGUCAUGUUUCAAAUGGAUUUGGGGGUUGUUGGGGGUUUUUUUUACAUUUUUUUAAAUGACUUUUUUAUUCUUCUCCGAAUUGACCAAAAUGUUAAAUGUUCUAUUUGGGCGUGGGGGUGGGGGCGCUGCUGUUGGUAUCAUUUUUG